UUGGUUGGACACGGUCGGGUCGCGCCGCUGCUGCUCGGCGGCUCUCUGGCGGGUGGAGGGCGGCGCAGCUGCGCCACCGUGUGGACAGAGGCCGCCACUAUUAGGCAAGAUAAUGCGUCGGAGAAGGCACUCCGAGCAGCACCUAAAGGUGAGCAGCUCAAAGGAAGCGCCAUUUUUCCAAUGAUGGGGAGCCAAGAGUUGGCCCGCGGAGGGCUGGUUCUCCUGUGUCUGUGGCUGUGUAUUCACUCAGUGCCUAUCAACGUGGACAAGGCCAAAGAAGAACCUGUGGCGGAGGAGCUGGACCCACCCAGGAGUGCUGACACAGGGUUGCACUAUGACCGCUACCUCAGGGAAGUCAUUGAAUACCUGGAGAAAGACCCUCACUUUAGAGAAAAACUAAAAAACGCCAACAUGGACGACAUCAAGCAAGGCAAACUUUCCAAAGAGCUGGACUUUGUCCAUCGCAAUUUUCGGACCAAGCUUGAUGAGCUGAAGAGGGAGGAGAUGAAUAGGCUGCGGAUGCUCAUCAAAGCCAAACAUGACAUCCAGGAUAGAAAUGGUCUCACAGUGGACCACCAGGGCCUGCUCAAGCAGUUUGAGCACCUUAACCACAUGAAUCCAGAAACGUUUGAGGUGGAAGACCUGAACCGACUAAUCCAAUCGGCGACCAAAGACCUGGAGAACUUUGACAAAGAGCGCCAUGAUGAGUUCAAGAGGUACGAGAUGAUGAAGGAGCACGAGAGGAGGCAGCGCCUGAGGGGCCUGUCGGAGGAGGACCGCACAAAGGAAGAGCGCCACUACGAGGAGAUGAAGAAGAAACACGCCAGCCAUCCCAAAGUCAACCAUCCCGGCAGUGAAGACCAGCUGAAGGAGGUGUGGCACGAGGCAGAUGGUCUGGACCCGGACGACUUUGAUCCCAAAACCUUUUUCAAAAUGCACGACAGUAACGGUGACGGCUUCUUUGACGAGAAUGAGCUCGAAGCUCUCUUCACUAAAGAGCUGGAGAAGGUGUACAAUCCUGAAAAUGAGGAGGACGACAUGGUGGAGAUGGAGGAGGAGAGGCUGAGGAUGAGGGAGCAUGUCAUGAAUGAGGUGGACACCAACAAAGACAGGCUUGUUUCACUGAGCGAAUUCAUGGAGGCAACCAAGAAGCAGGAGUUCUACGAGAAGGACGAGUGGGAGACUUUGGAUCAAAACCCCCUGUACACGGAGGAGGAGCUGAGGGAGUACGAGCAGCAGCUGGCCAACGAAGAACACAGCAUCAACCAGAAGUCAGUGGAGCUGCGGAGUCAGAGGGAGGAGCUUGAAAGAAAGCAGGCAGAGCUAAAUGCUCAAAGGAUGGAGCUACAGCAGGCAAUGGAAGAAAUGGGAAGGGUCAAGGCAGAAAAUCUCAAAGCUGGGACAAAACAGGCUGGAUCCCCUCUAGCUGAAGGUCCCCCUUCACCGGUGGUCCCAGGAAACCGUGGGCCGCUGCCCCCGGGCCACCAGCAGCAGCACGUGCCCGUGCCAGGACCCUCUUAG